AUUUUUGAAUAGUAGAUGAAUUAAUAUCUUUCUAUUAGAUAAACUCAAUGAUGCCUUAUAACUAAAAUCACUGAGUAAUGAGAAGGCGAAAGAGCUGGCUGGCUGCUGCGCAAGUUUUAAGUAACUAAAAGUAACAAUUUCCAGGUGAUUACCGCAGAUUUUUUCUGCUGUGUGUCUAAAUAUUCAUGGUACAUCUUUGUUCUGGUGGAAUUUGUUAGAAAACACCAACGAAAUAAUGUUUUAAGCUGUUAUAACGAAUCUGCAAACAAGCUAGGUUUUGAAUGCAAACCCAUGGAACUCUCACCCCUCCCCUCAGGUAUCUUCACUGAGAUCCAUGAUGCCAGAAGAAACGAGAUAGCGAUAAACACCAGUAGCCGUUGUUUAGGUUCAAACUUCUUUAAAUGUUUGUGACAUCAAAAUUUCUUUCUGGGACUCUGGUAGUUUGUCGUAAAGUUGAAGUGGUAGCAGCCAGCUGUUUCUCCUUCUCUGAUAUUAUUGAGUGGAGAACUUCUCACACCAGUGGUGUUCUUUUGCUAAAUAGUGCCUAAUGAAUGGAGGACCCAGGGAAGUGCGGCGGUUUGGUGAAAUUGACAACCAAUAGUUGUUUUUGGUCUGAAAUGUGUUAUUGGUGGAGGUUUUUAGAUGAAUGUGAGAAAACCACUCUAUCAUUAUUAUUAUUAAUAAUUAUCUCCACAAUAUAUUUAUAUAGCUAUACUAUGUUAGAAAACUGUUAAGAGGCAUGAAAACAAUGUUUAAGCCCAUUUUUCCAUCAGAUAUGUUGUCCUGCCUCCCCUCUUUAAGUGUUUAUUGGACUCACCUGCCCCUUGUUAUCACAACCACCUGAUUCCUGAUUGCCCUCAUGUAUUUAAACCCUCUGUUUGUGCAGAUCCUAACCUUGUGUUCCUGCUGAAGCAUCCUGCCCACCAUUACUCAUAAUAAACGGUUAUUUUACUUGCCAAUCUACCUACCUGCAUUUGCAACAACUCCACAUCAUGACAGUUUUUCCAAAUUUGCCUUUGUAGUUUUAAAUGAUAUUGCACUUUGAACUUUAGUGGACUCAGACCAGCUCAACAGUCAAAUUACUUUGAAAAUGUGUUUAAACCUCAGAUAAAUAAAGGUCUAUGUUUGGACUGUUAAGUAAUUGCACUGUUAUGUUAUGUUUUUCUUUCCCGGAGUUAAAUCUAGCCGACUUUUUUUUGUUUUUGCGCAUCUGGUUGCUGUGAUUUCCAGAGGGAACAUGAACGCAGCACAGUGGGCGGGGCCGAGUUGUUCCAGAGGUUUAUGUCAUUUCUCCUUCAGAUCAGUCAGUUGUUCAUCGGCAACAGCGCAGGCACGUGUUUGUGUUUGUGUGUGUGUGCGUGUGCGCGCGUGUGUAAAGAGAAUCUGAAGACAUCUAAAAGAGAAGUUUUAAUCUGAGUUUACCUGGAUUAAUUUGUAGAAGAGGAAAUCUGGUGAAUCUCAACUAAACUAGAGAUUCGCCUUAGCCAGAGUCCGGCGGCGUCAUGUUCCUGGUAUGAUCUCAACAAUGGAUUGCACAGCCAUGUGGACAGUCCUGAUGUGUGUUUUCCUGAUGCUCUGUGACUCUCUGUGUUUGGAGUCUGAGCCUGGAGCUCCUCUCCAUUCAGGAGUCCUGGACCUCCCGUGGAAGGAUGAGCUGUGCUGUGACUCACCUCCUGCCUACAUCAGUGCUGGAGGAAGCGGCAGAAUCCCACCAGAGACAAACCGGUCUGAAGUGAACCUCCCACAUCCUCUUCGCUGCACCUUCAGGAGCCUCGCUGCUGAGCCAGAGCAUCUAAAACCUCCUGCUGGAGCCUGUUUAGACAUUUUGUGCAGAAUAGAUGAAACCUGGGAGAACGUAACUUGUGAUCUUGAAUCUGGUGGCGGGCCGCCUAUCAGGGGGCAGCAGCUGCUCCUGAACAAUGACACAGUCGAGGCCAACUCCACAUCUCAUAAUCUGCUUGUAUGUGAUGCAGAAGAUUCCCUCAUGUGUUCAUUUCACCUGGACUCUGCGAGAAGCUUCGUUCUCAUGGUAACCGUCAGCAUCUCUGGUGCUGCAGCUCCACCGGUUCUGCUCAGAAUUCCUGAGCGGCCUGAGAAACCAGGUCCUCCUGUAAACCUGUCACACAUUCAGACCAUAGAAGCAGGAGUGGUUCUCAGCUGGGACGAGCCAUUAGACUCCAGUACCGACCCACUGAGAUACCAAGUCCGAUAUUCCUCCAGCACCAACCAGUAUUGGCAGGUAGCUUCUGCACAUAAAGAGCCCAGGCUGCCUGUGGAUCUGGAACCCAUGGUCAGCUACAUCUUCCAGGUUCGGUGUGCUGGUGUGGCUGAGCCUCCUCUGUGGAGCGACUGGAGCGAGUCUUAUCACAUCUUUCUGGACACUCUGAGUUACAUUCCCGAGAAAGUGGUGGCGCGAGCGGGGGACAACGUGACGGUCUACUGCGUGUUCAACGACCACAGGAUCAACGCCAGCAUGGCCAGGUGGAUCCUCAACCACACACAGGAGCUGGAUGGGAGCCUGUACCACCCUGUCAACCAGUGGGUCAGCCAGAUAACAGUCCGUGCUUCAGAGACGGGGAUCUAUGACCUGCUCAAGUGCACCAAGGAGUGGAGUUAUCCUUACAGCCAGAUAUUUGUGGAAGGAGGGUUCAUUGAUAUAAAGUGUGUAACCAACGGUGACAUCGAUGCUAUGGACUGCAGAUGGAAGACGGAAGAGUGGACUAAACUCCAGUUUCAAUACAAGUGGGCAGAUGUGCCGUGUGAGGUGAUGGAGGAGAAGGACGGAGCCGGUGAGGACAUCGGCGAGACGGGCCCCGCCUGCAUCCAGGUCAGGUCAUUCAGGGAUCAACAGAAAAGCUGCACCAUCCAGCCUUUGAGGAUGAACUGCUACAAACUAUGGCUGGAGGUUUCUUCUCAUCAGGGUCCGGUCCGGUCCAAACCCGUCUACCUGUCUCCUAUGGAUUACGUACAGCCUCACAGCCCCACCAACGUGAGGGCAGUGACUCAGGUCGGUGGGGUCCUGAGGGUCACAUGGAAGCCUCCGUAUCUGCCAGCUGAGGGUCUCCAGUGCCAGUUUCGUUACCACUCGCUCAGUGUGAUCGAGAAGUGGAAGGUCCAGAGUUCGGUGCGUGUUCCCGGGGAUGAGGUAAUGGUACCAGACAUGUGCCAGGUGUACGUGGUCCAGGUACGCUGCAUGCACAUCAACGGGACCGGCUACUGGAGCGACUGGACUGAGUCUGUCAACUCCACAACUCAGAACAGCAGAACUCCUGACCGUGGACCUGAUUUCUGGAGAAUUCGUGAUGACGAUCAUCAGAGUAACUUAUCAAAUAUAACUCUCCUCUUUAAGAGUUUGCCAGUUUCAGCGAAUUCCUACUGUGUGGAUGGAUUUAUAGUCCAGCACCAGACCUGGAACGGCUCCGUGCUGAGGAAGCAGAUUCAUCUGGUGUCCUCCUACAGCUUUGAGUGGAACCAGGAGCUCCAGAUUGUGACUGUGGAGGCCUACAAUAAUCUGGGAAGCUCCAGCAACAACAUAAACAUGACACUGGAGAAAACCCCUAAACGUCACUGUGUGCGUUCGUUCCAUGUUGUGGUGAUAAACAGCACCUGGGUGUCUCUGUCCUGGAGCCUGUCAGACACUAGCUCUGUCCCCAACUUCAUGGUGGUCCACUGGUCCCCGACGAGGCUGCGGGACACUGAGGAUCUCAGUUUGAGAGGACAAACAUGGGCCCGACUUCCCUACUCUGAGCACUCUGCUUAUUUAAAAGGGGAUUUCUUUAGCUCAGAGGAGUAUGGGUUCUACUUGUACCCCGUGUUUGCUGAUGGAGAAGGGGAGCCGGUGUUCACUUUAGCAACAAGAGGAGACCCUGCUGCCUACAUGAUGCUGAUGUUCAUCAGCCUCCUCUGCAUCUUCGUGUUUGUCACCCUGGUCCUCUCCCAAAACCAGAUGAAAAGGUUUGUGUGGAAGGAUGUUCCCAAUCCAAACAAGUGCUCGUGGGCUAAAGGACUCGACUUUAAAACGGUGGACACUUUUGAAGCCCUGUUUCGACCUUCAGAUGGUCUUCAAGCUUUACCACUUCCAGCCGAGAGCAUCUCCAGGGUCAUCAUCAUGGACAAAGCUCAGACGAAGGCCUUGGUCCAAACCCCAAAGUCCCUGACUCCUGACCCUGGAACAGCUUCAGAUAACCUCCUGACACUGUUUGACCCAGAGGUUGACCAGUCGGUGGAGACCGAAGCCCUCUUGGGUGGAGCUCCUUCUCUGACAAUCACUGUAGAAGCUUUAACUGCUUCAAACCAAAGCAUGCAACUAGUUAAACCCCUUGUGGAGCAGAAUCCAGGCAACACCAGCUCUGCACAAUCUUCAGUCACUUACACCAAAGUUCUGCUCGCCGAUGCAAAGCAGGAUCUUCAGCCUGUUCGCCUCCACUACAGCGACAGCAGCAGGUGCAGCUCCAGCGACGAGGGAAACUUCUCUGCCAACAACUCUGACAUUUCUGAGUCAUCCCCCAGUGCCCUGUGGGAGCUGGAUAGUUGUCCAGGUGCAGAGGGGGACGAUCCCAGACGUUCUUGCUCCUACAAUUCUGUGGAGGAGCUUUCCGAAUCAUCAGAGCAAGAAAACGAAGGCGAGAAGAAACAUUUGGACUAUCUAGAAAUCAAAUAUUCAACAGAUGAUGAGGAGAGCGAGGGAGAGGAGCAGAGAGAAGACAAUUUAAAAACCAAGCUCCUUAAAGAUGAUGCUGCGGAUAGGGAGGACAGUUGUGUGGAGCUGCAUCAUCUGCUCGGCCUAGAGGACUCCAGCCAGCCUGACAAGCUGCCAUCAGCAUCGACUUGCGAGUUUUCUUUGCUGUACUUGCCUCAAUACAGAACUGACCAACACACAAGACGAACCCCAACCCUAAUAGAAGACAGCCAGCCCUAAGCCUGGUGAAAACAUGCACCACUGUGUUGUGAACAUUGUCAUGCAAACACCAUUUGUUCCCAUGUGACACUGUGAGUUUCAAGCUGGAAAAUGUAAACAUACCUCGGCAUCAGAAUGAUUGCAAGUUGAAAAUCUUGACUGCUGCUUAGGCUUUCUGUGAGGAGAGAUAUCAAUAGCCAUUAGAUAUUUUUGGCUGUUUUAUUUGACUUAAAGGAGUCCUAGCUGCAGCUAAAUGAGUCCAGCUGGUUUUAGCUAACAGCUGCAGGUGAUUAUUCUAGUAGCCCUGUGUUCACUGGCAGCUUCUGAGGUAACAUCUGAAUGGACUCACCCAUCAGCUUAACUCAGAAUAUUUGUGUAUUUUGUGUUGUAAAGUAUUUUGUGUUUCGCUUAGUUAUGUGGAAAAUGUGAAACAGCCUUCUGAUGUUGAACGUUAAGAUUAACGCUGCCUUCUUCUGGAAAGAAAAGACACGAGAAUAUUUAUGUAAACCAAUAAAAAAUGUUAAACUAUAAGUAAAUGUUUGAAAUAAAUGGUUCAUGGAGGCCUUUUGUCUAUUUUUGAUGGUGAUAAUAAAGUAUUUUGUGUGAAA